GCGGCCCUCGAGCGCGCGGGGCCUGCCGAGAACGCGCGCGGCCGGGCGCGGCGUGGGUACCCCAGCCGCGGGCGGCCGCCCUGCAACCCCCCGACGCGACCAUGGCGACUGACAGGAGAUGCAACACAAUACAACCUAAGUGUUCCAAAUGGACAAGAAAUCAGCAUCAGCACAGUAGCUCAGGAUGAAGUCUGAGUGGCGUUUCCCUUCUGUUUGUGGGGUAGAUUGCUGUCUGCCUGACAUUUUCAAGUGCUACUUCUGAACUAGCAUCUUUGAGCGUUAAGGUGACAGAGAUCAAGCCUGCUUGACAAUUCUUGACUUCUAGAAUCACUCCUGAAGCCAUUGGCUUCCUGUCUGCCAUUGGGGUCUUUGUUGUCCUUCUGGCUGUCCUUGUCCUCUUCAUCAACAAGAAGCUGUGCUCUGAAAACAUAAGAGGGCAUCCACACCCGGAGCAACGAGGGAAGAGAAAGCACCCGAGAGACAAGACUGGGGGCCACACAGGAGCAGCUGAGAAGUAUUGAGAGUGAAAUGGCCACAGCCAUUAGGAGACCACCCUGUCAAACACGCUUGCUCUGUUCCCUGCAAAGACCUACUCCAUAGACCUUGGCGCAAGAACCAGCAUGCUGCCUGGUUUCACUUACUGCCAACGGUGCUUAUGUAUGGCACAUGUUUUCUCUAUGUGUAUAUUAAUAAAGUUUUGCCUGUUAUAAAAAAAAAAAAGAGACCUCCAGUUAAAUUUCUCAUCAUGCUUGUUCUGUAUUUCACGUAAGUUCAGAGUUCUGGAGGAACAGAACAAGUGGAUUCUGCAGACACGAGGUAGUUGAUCAUGGUGUUGACCAUGGCAUCUCAGGAUGUCCAGAACUUCUUCCAGCCUUUCUCUUCCUGGCUAUCCCGAGUUUACGAAGCUCUCCAGCAAGCCGGGGAUGCGUUAUCUGCUUCACUGGUUCUUCUUAGCAAGCACGAUUCGGCACUGAGUGAGAAGCCAGAACAGGACUUAGAUGCUAUUCAGAUUCAGGAAAGCUACUUGGAAGAUGAAGAACAGGGGGACCACGAUGGGAGUUCAGAGGAGGCAAGCUCCCUGUUUCUUGAAGAGGACCAUUUCUCAUGUUCUAAGAGUGACUGGCAGGACCCUGUCCAAAUGGCAAGCCCCACGUUUGGUCAUCAAGCCAAAGACUCAAGCUCUGUAAUACCACAGUGGCCCAGUAAGAUCCCAGUGACGCAGAAGCCCCAGCAUGUGCUUUCUUCUAUCGCUGAGGAAGAACAACACUCUGAGAGGCAGAGAUGUGGCCGUCAGCUCCCUGGCACUUUAGAAAAAGUUAAUGGAAGAAAGCAAGCAAACAGCUUUGGGGAUGAUGAAGAGCCAUCCACGUCUUCUGAGAGUGAUGAAGAUGUGAUUAAGCAGUUCGAGGUCUCAGUGUCCCGAUCCCAGAGUUUUCGCACAGGAGCACCUGAGAAAGGAAAGACAACAGAGUUGGAGCAGAAAACAAAAUGCAAACGUUUGCUGUGUACGCACAAAGAAGACAGUGCAGAAGCGUCUGCGUGUGAAGGUGCUCAUUGCAGCACAUUGCAUUGCAGGCAAGGGCAGGCCAAUGAUUUGGAUGGAACCAGCCAACUCAGUUAUUCUGAGAUUCUGUCUUAUGAAGACCGCCCCAUUUCCAUUAUCCCACAAUCUCCCUGUGAGGGCAGGAACACCAGCUACCAUGGCCUUUGCCAUCCAGAGACUGGCAUGGUCCGAAGCCUCAGUCGUCCUUGUGCAGAUGGUGUCCUGGAGAUGGAGACAGCUUUUGUUAGUCGGGGCUUUGAAGGUUCCUAUGCCACCCACAGCUCCUCUAUGUGGAGUCCAGAGGAGCGGGAUGGGACCAGUCCGCAGGCACCACCCAGGCUUUCGGAGCCUAUCUCAAAAUGCGGUGACCUUGAUGUCAUCUUUGAAUAUAGAGCUGUCACCCAGAAGCUAACUGUGACCAUUGUGAGAGCACAGGGUCUCCCAGACAAGGACCGAAGUGGUGUCAACUCCUGGCAAGUUCACAUAGUGCUGCUGCCCAGUAAGAAACAGAGGGGUAAGACGAACAUCCAGAGAGGGCCCAACCCUGUCUUCAAGGAAAAGGUCACCUUCACCAAGCUGGAGCCCAGAGAGGUGGCUGCCUGCGUUGUCCGUUUCCGCCUGUAUGCUGCCCGUAAGAUGACCCGAGAGAGAAUGAUGGGCGAGAAGUUGUUCUGUCUCAGCCACUUGCACCCAGAAGGGGAAAUGAAAGUGACUCUGGUUCUGGAGCCAAGAAGUAAUCUGAGCAGUGGAGAGUCUCCGCUCAGCCCAUCUGUGGUGUCUCACAGUGACAGUGCUUCAUCCACGCAGUCACUGUCUCAUGGAGGGGUGCCAGAGCUAUUGGUGGGACUGUCCUACAAUGCCACAACAGGGCGAUUAUCUGUGGAAAUGAUCAAAGGCAGCCAUUUCCGCAACCUCGCUGCUAACCGAGCUCCCGAUACAUAUGGAAAACUCUUCCUCCUCAACUGUGUGGGUCAAGAGAUGUCCCGCUGCAAGACGUCCAUUCGGCGUGGCCAACCCAACCCUGUCUAUAAAGAGACUUUUGUCUUCCAGGUGGCCCUCUUCCAGCUCUCAGAUGUCACCUUGAUGAUUUCCAUUUAUAGCAGGCGCACUAUGAAGCGUAAAGAGAUGAUUGGCUGGAUUGCUCUGGGCCAGAACAGCAGUGGGGAGGAGGAGCAGGAGCACUGGGAGGAAAUGAAGGAAAGCAAGGGCCAGCAGAUCUGCCGGUGGCAUACAUUGUUGGAAUCCUAGGUUUACCAACAGCACUUGUGUGCUAUGUCUGCCUUGAUUAUCUGACAGCAAGUCAGAUCAUUGAAGGCAGAGAGGAGCUUUCAAACUGAGAAUUCUACUAAUCUUAGGUCAUACUGUGGCUUGGGACAGUUUCAAAGGUUUGAUUUGAGUUUAAAUGUUGUCAUGAAAGGAAACCUACAUACGCAGUAUGGGAAAUGGUACCUGGUUGAGACCACUGGUUAUGUCACAAUCUGUGCUAAUGGAUGAUUGUGUUUUGGUUCACACUAUGUGGUGCAGCUUCUUCCUGCUGUCUCUCUUUGCUGGGAGAAUAGCCUGAGACUUCAAAGGAGCUAUAAACGUUACUGUUUUCCAUCACUGAGAUGUAUGAAUCAGACUCUUCGCAGUGUUCAAAAUUCCAAAACAGAAAUGAAUCAGAUGAUGAGCGCUACGGAAGGAUGUAACCAAUCCACAAUCCUCUGCCACUCCUAUUCUCUUUAUGACAAAAAAAAAAAAAAAAAAAAGAAAAAAAGAAAAAAAAAAAGCCCUGUUUACUUAAAAGGUAAUUGUUAAAAACUUGUGGUGUAAAAUAAAUUUGUAUUCAUGAAAUGUCUCUUUUUAUCUCAAUGAGAUAUCAUGAUUUCUAAAAGAAUUGGAUUAGACAAAUCAUCCUGAAGCUCUAAAACAGUUAGAAAUUGACUGUUAUCUGACCUGUUUCUCUUUGAAUAUUUAAGAUUUCUAAAAUCAAGGAUUUUGUGCUUUCUUACUGAGUCCGUACCCAAAGAAGAAGAGGAAAACCUAGAAGAUAAUUUUAAGUCUUGGCUUUCUUGAUGUUUCUGAAUCUGUCAUUCAUUUGGAUUAGACCUUUUCUAUAGAUAAUUGCACUAACUCGCACAUGGAUUUUUUUUUUGUAUGUAUUUCUGCAUGCCAGCCAUAUUCAUCUUUAUGCUAUGUACCUUGCCAGUAGAACAUAGAAAGAUGCAUACAGUGGAUCUCAAUAAAUACUGAUUUGUUUGACUUACUUAUGGGAAUGAACAUGUGAAGUCCUCUGAAUAGAGAAAUAUCAUCAUUUGGUAUGGAAUGACACUGAAUUCUGGGGAGCAUUUUAAAGGACCCAGCACUGAUAUUUCUUAUGUGUGCAACAAAAUGUUUUAGUGAGCCCUUGUCUGUGGGCACACGCUAUUUAUUCCCCAACAAUAACCUCGUAUGGUUUUUACUUUUGAGUGGCUUUUACAUAUUUAUGAAGUGUACUUUAAUUUUCUUUAUUCUCAGAUCUGAGCUCUUAGUUUUGGCAUCUUUUACCUGGAAGUGAUGAGAAGGGAAAGAAUCCACCCUCAACCCUGUGCUCCAUGGUACAGGUUCUGGGGCCCAGCCACUUCUUAGAUUUUUAUGUUUCCUUAUUGACUUCUGUCCUGUCUUCGGGAGGAGCGAUAGCUAGUGACGGAUGCACGCAGUCAAAGCCACAUAACUUCCCCCACAGCUCUACAUUUUGACAGAUUGUAAGCGUAGGCUGCAACACUUGAAGAACGUAUUUAUUCCCUUGCACUUCAGAAUGGUUAUCCUGACAAGACCAGACAAGGGCGCAGGAAAACUCUACUAGAUCACAGGGACCAGAGUUUGGGAAGAAACAAUUGUAUAUGGAGGGGUAAGAAUUUGCAGAAUAAACUAGUACCUACCCCAAGGUCUUUUCAGACCCUUUGGGUUUCCCCCACCUUCCUUGGGAACACCUCAGAGCGUCUACUUAGCAACUCACCCACUAACUGCCCAGUGGUCUUUGCUGUGCGACUGUGUCACAGGGGAGAACUGAGUGCAAUUGAUAGAGCGGCGAAGAAUUGGCUUUUCACAUCUCCCCCUCUCUGUGUGCCUUGUGCUGGAAGGGAAGCAGAGCAGCCUCGUUAUGCUUCCCUUUAUGCUGCUGGCAUAAUAGCAGCAUUCAUUUUCAAAUUUACAUUUGAAAAAAAUCUGUAUAUAUUGUACAGACAGCCCUGGAUUUCCCUCGCUUGUGUUUGCCUGCUCUACACGUUGCCUGCAUCCAUGGCUUUGGGGUCCCUGCUAAUCACCUAUGCUUUCUGUUCUGCUCCUUGACUUGCUCAGGGUUUUUUUUGGGGGGGGGCGGGUUCUGCUGGUAUAGUGAGCUUAGGAUGACGUUUACAACAUUUCCCCUUUCAGGGAAGCUUUCUUUUUUUCUUUUUUUGGUUAGUGGUACUCACCGUAUAACACGUGUACAUCUUGAUUAUACAGCAGCUUUCACCCUCAGCGGAUGGUACAGACAUCAAAUUCUAAAGACAAGAUGCACUGAAAUGUGAGGCUGAACUUUUUUAUUUUUUUAACCUCAAUUUGAAAUUCUGCUUUAGGAAGAUCUUUGGAUUUUGUGCACUUAGACUCUCUUAUUUUCUUGGCAAAGUCUAGACCCAAAUGCAUUUAACAUGUUUUUCACUUGAGCGUUUACAGCUACAUUUGCUUCUCAAAAGAGUUAUGAAAGAUAAUUAGUUGGCUCUGUGGUGGGAGAGCUGCUUUUUGCCUGUUUUAGCUAGCUAAUGAUUAAUAUCUUGUGAGGAGCUUGAUGUGGAAGCGAUGCUGUGUUUUGUGGCACGGUGGUUCUUUUCUUAAAGUGUGUGCUUGUAAAAUAGUAUCGCUGAGGGUACAAGGCGCACCAGGUUUAUGGAGACGCAUUUCAUUGUGGGCCUUCUUUCAGGGCUGAAUUGGUUCCACCAGUUAUGGUGGUGGUUGUUGUACUCUCUGCUCCCCUCUGACUAUUGCUGAUUUUCUUUUCUUUCUUUCUUAAUGGACUAUUCAUCAGGCAGACACACACCUGCUCUGGGUUCCUCCUCCUUCACUGGCUCCCUGUGAGAGAUGCACGGUUGGUUUGGAUCCUGUUUUCACUGAACACAUAACUAUUGGACAGAGGGAGCCAUCUGUAUUCCCUAACAUUAGAAGAAUUUGUAAUGACCACGAAUGUACUAUUCUCACCAUGCCGCCAGCAUGAGACCUCAGAAAAGAUCCAUGCUGUGUUUGCAAAGGGGCAUGAUAGUGCAUCCAUGGUUGUUCAGCUGAGGUGCCACUGGCUAUGACAUGCUUUGCUGGCAACUCAGGCAACUGAUGCAAGUGUUGACAUUCUCCAUAGUGCUAGGUGCCACAGUGUGCCUGAAGCAUGCCGUCUCCCUUUUCAGCAUGUCCAUUCAUGUUAUCCAAAUGACUGUUGCCUCUUGUUCAUUGUGGUUCAUAUUGUGGCUGUACUGGAAGGUAUCAUCUGAGAAUCCAAAUUCUUCCCAAGUAAAGCAUUGUUUAAGUUGCAUAGCAUGUUCAUUGAUCUACUGAUCAUUCAGUGUGGACAUUGUGCUGUGUGUCCACCCAAACCUGGCUGUCCUUUCCAUGCAGAGGACUUAGUGUAUGAAGAUGUAGAAAGGGCCAUCUGUCAAUGACAUGAAACCGCAUGGAAACAAUUUGGGGAUAGGAUCUCAUUUAGAGGUGUGGAACAAAACAGUCCCCAGGCAGCGAAGUGAGCGCCUGCUACGUGGACAUCAGUGGGUUCGGAUGGAACCUGCUAUGUGGCUGGUGGUGAGAAAAUGACUUGCCCAGCCCACACCCCAGUGUCCUCAAAUGGAAAGCUGAAUUAGUGCCUGCCUCUGAGGUUUCUUUGAAGAGAUAUCAGUGAAGUCACAGUUGUAGUGCGACCAGAAUAGAAGCUGCUACAAUGCUAAUAUUCAGUAUUUCCUCCUUCUCAUGCUAUCGAAAGAAGUGUUCGAGGUUUGCUACUUUUCCAGGAAUUCGGCUAGGACACUAGAUUGCUGUAUCCUAGACACGGAGGCGAUAAUCACCUAUAUUUACAGCCCACAUGAAACCUGCACGCAGCUUGAGGUUUUAUAGAGCAAACACGGGCAGCAGCCAUGGAGGUCUGUGGAUGUUCUUAGAAUCACACUGCUGAGCACCGUGAACAGCCCUCGAGUGCUCACUAAUGCCGCCUCAAGUGUCUCCGGGGACCUUUUCCUUUUUACUGCUGUAUGACAAUAUCACCAAUCGACUUUGAGCUUCACGAGAAGGCAGAUUUCCCGCCCCACCCCCACCCCCGGUGUCACCAGAUUUAUGUAUAAUUUUUGUUGACUUAAUUUUUCCCUUAAUAUAUCCAUUUGAUUUUUUUUAAAGUUGUUUGGAUAUAUUCAAAACAUAUCCACUCAAAAAGUAAAUAAAAGUCAUUGGUGCUUAGAAUGUUCUGGAAUCUGCGCUGGGUCUAGACAUGGGCAGGUGAAUAAAAGAGUUCAACAAUC